GCUGGGUGGUAUAAAAGAGAAGGAGGCGGCGUACGCACAGCCAUUGCUGAAAUCACCACGAGUGUUCAAAGGUUGUGUGACGGCAAUUUUCUCAAAGUAUUUCAAUAUUAACCGUAAAUUCCCACACUGAAAACAGUACAAAAAAUGCCUGAACAAAUGGAGACAGCUGGAGAGGUGGAGACGUUCGCUUUCCAGGCAGAGAUUGCCCAGUUGAUGUCAUUGAUCAUCAACACAUUCUAUUCCAAUAAAGAAAUCUUCUUGCGAGAAUUGAUCUCAAACUCCAGUGAUGCUUUAGACAAAAUUCGUUAUGAGUCACUCACGGAUCCAAGUCGCCUUGACUCUGGAAAAGAUCUACACAUCAAGAUCAUCCCAAAUAAGAAUGACGGCACCCUCACCCUAAUCGACACUGGAAUUGGUAUGACUAAAGCUGACCUUGUGAACAAUCUUGGUACCAUUGCUAAAUCUGGAACCAAGGCUUUCAUGGAAGCUCUCCAAGCUGGAGCUGAUAUCUCUAUGAUUGGUCAGUUUGGUGUUGGUUUCUAUUCUGCUUACCUAAUCGCUGACAAAGUCACUGUAGUAUCAAAGCACAAUGAUGACGAACAGUACCUCUGGGAAUCAAGUGCGGGAGGAUCAUUUACUGUAAGACCUGACCCUGGCGAACCUCUGGGACGUGGAACCAAGAUCGUUCUUCACAUCAAAGUAGAUCAGACCGAAUUUCUGGAAGAAAGCAAAAUCAAAGAAAUAGUAAAGAAACACUCUCAGUUCAUUGGCUAUCCAAUUAAACUCUUGGUUGAGAAAGAGAGAGAGAAGGAACUCAGUGAUGAUGAGGCUGAAGCUGAAGCUGACCCAGAAGUAAAAAAAGAGGAAGAUGAUGGCAAACCCAAAAUCGAAGAUGUGGGUGAAGAUGGAGAUGAGGAUAAAAAGGAAAAGCCCAAGAAGACCAAAACUAUCACUGAAAAAUACACAGAGGAUGAAGAACUCAACAAAACCAAACCGAUUUGGACCAGAAAUGCUGAUGAUAUAAGCCAAGAGGAAUAUGGAGAAUUUUACAAAUCUUUAACCAAUGAUUGGGAAGAUCACCUUGCUGUAAAACACUUUUCUGUUGAGGGUCAGCUUGAGUUCAGGGCUCUUCUUUUUGUUCCGAGACGUAUGCCUUUCGAUCUCUUUGAAAACAAAAAACGCAAGAACAACAUCAAGCUCUAUGUACGUCGAGUUUUUAUCAUGGACAACUGUGAAGAACUUAUUCCAGAGUACCUUAACUUCAUGAAGGGAGUCGUAGACAGCGAGGAUCUGCCAUUGAACAUCUCACGUGAGAUGCUUCAGCAAAAUAAGAUCCUUAAAGUUAUCCGCAAGAAUUUGGUAAAGAAAUGCUUAGAACUUUUUGAGGAACUCACAGAGGACAAAGAAUCAUUCAAGAAAUUCUAUGAACAGUUCAGUAAAAAUAUUAAAUUAGGUAUCCACGAGGAUAGUACGAACCGCAGCAAACUUGCUGAUCUCCUUCGUUAUCACACAUCCGCAUCUGGAGAUGAAGUCUGCUCCCUCAAGGACUACGUUGGCCGCAUGAAACCCAACCAGAAACACAUCUACUACAUUACUGGAGAAAGCAAAGAGCAAGUUGCUAACAGCUCAUUUGUAGAGCGUGUAAAGAAGCGUGGCUUUGAGGUCAUCUACAUGACUGAGCCAAUUGAUGAAUAUGUUGUACAACAGAUGAAAGAAUUCGAUGGCAAUCAACUUGUCUCUGUGACCAAGGAAGGUUUGGAACUACCUGAGGAUGAUGCUGAAAAGAAGAAGCGUGAGGAUGAUCAAGCCAAAUUUGAAAAUCUCUGCAAAAUCAUGAAGAACAUCUUAGAUACCAAAGUUGAGAAGGUUGUAGUAUCAAACAGGCUUGUAGACUCACCUUGUUGCAUUGUUACUUCUCAAUAUGGAUGGACGGCAAAUAUGGAAAGAAUAAUGAAAGCACAAGCUCUUCGUGACACCUCGACAAUGGGCUACAUGGCUGCAAAGAAGCACCUGGAAAUUAAUCCGGACCAUUCAGUCAUUGAAACUCUUCGCCAAAAAGCUGAGGCAGACAAAAAUGAUAAAGCAGUGAAAGACUUGGUAGUUUUACUGUUUGAAACUUCCCUGCUAUCAUCUGGUUUUAGUCUGGACGAACCCCAAGUUCACGCAGCACGAAUUUAUAGAAUGAUCAAGCUGGGGCUUGGAAUUGAUGAGGAGGAACCAACUGCGGAUGAAGAACCAGUUGCGGCAGAAGUCACACCUGUUGAAGGUGACAAUGAAGAUGCAUCACGUAUGGAGGAGGUCGAUUAAAAUGCGAGAGCAAUUCUUAACUCAUCCUCAUAACUUGAGUUGUUAUUUAAUAACUGGAGACUGUUUGAAAUUAUCGCGUUUUAUGCGAUAUCGCCACUUCAUAUAACCAUGUAUCAUAUAUUUACCAUCGUUCGCUGUGCUAUCUAAUUUAUCAUUCCUAAUAUUAAUGUAUUAGCAAACCAAAUAUUAUUUUCCACGAUAAGUUCUUUUUAUAGUGUUACAAUAAAAUCUACAUUAUAACAUU